AUGACGAGCUUUCAAAAUGACACCAGUGCUAAAGUGUCGGGUCCUGCAUUCAUUGCAUGUAACGAGCAUGCGUCUAUCUAUGGUGUUGUUUGGGGAGCAACCGCAAUCUCGUUCCUCUUCAUCGCAACUCGCACCUUAGCGCGUAUCGUGACGCUUUGACGCUUUUGGCUCGAUGAUGCCUUCAUAAUCAGUGCCUGGCUAAUAUUGUUGACCUAAGCGAUUACCUGGGAAACACAGUUAGAUUCGAUGUAUUACAUCUUUGCGCUGGAGGACGGUAUGGUCCAGCCAACUAUGGAGGUGAUGGCCCGGCUUUCGCGACUGGCUAGGGCCGAAUGCGCUAUCCUGAUUCUCUUCUACACAUGUCUCUGGUCCAACAAGGCCUCUUUUCUGAUCUUCUUCCGUCGCAUCGCCGGCACGGACCGCUCUUGGUCUAUUUGGUUCUGGUGUGUAGUGGGCCUGGUAGCGGGAACUUACUUGGUGUGUCUGGGAGACAUCCAGUACAACUGUCUCGUGAACAGCCAAGUACACAUUCUAGAACACUGUGCGCAAAAAGCAGCUGGGCAAUUUGAGUUUCGAGCGCUGAUCACCAAUCUGGUGCUGGAUGUGAUAACAGAUGUCUGCAUCAUCAGUUUACCGAUUGCUCUAUUAUGGAACGUCCGAAUCCCAUUCCGUCACAAAAUGAUCCUUAUAGCUAUCCUCUCCGUAGCCGUGUUUAUCUUCAUUGUGGCCGUGGUUCGAGUGGCCGUCGUCGCCCGUCGAGACCAGAAUCCGGAUAUAUCUUGGCUUUGGAUGUAGAGCUUUAUUGAAGCCACGGUUGCAAAUAUUGUCGCCUGUAUGGCAUCCUUCCGUCAGCUGUUCGUCAAAUAAGAUCACCAAGGUCGGGCCAACCUAUAUCUGACAUAUCUACAAUUUGUGGAAGGAUAUACUCAAAGGGCUGAAGGCUGAA